AUGAGGCCGAAAGCUUGUGUGAAAUGUCGACAGUGGAAGACCAAGUGUUCGCUGUCCGAAGGCAGUACAGAUGGCUGUUCGCGAUGUCAGUCUCUGAAGAUUCCUUGCGUGUUUGAUGCAAGCUACAAACGCAACUCGAAGCGUAUCUCUGUGCCCACAACGCCAUCGGAGCCCCAGGAACUCCGACAAGGCUACACCGAUAUCAGAGCAAGUACUACAAGAAACAAUGCUACUGCUCAGGAGAUUGUGUUACCCACAGACUGGUCCACACUGGUGCCCACGAGCCUACCUAGUGAUACUCCUCAACCAAUCUCAAAGCCUCCAGAGAGCAGAGAGAAUGGCAUCCAGAUUGGUAAUGUCUCAAUUUCGCCGGCGCAGGCAACGGAAUAUUUCAGGAUUUACUUCCUGCGCUGUCACCAGUACCUCCCUUUCAAGAUGGCAACCACCUCUCCCAAGGAGGUACGGGCAAGAAGCCCGUUGCUUUUCUGGGUCAUCUGCGCGGUCGCGUCAACCUGGAAAAUUCACCCCGAGCUACAGAGCAUGAUUAAGAUGAUGGUUCAAGGAACUCUCUACUCGACCAUGCAUACGGUGGACGCCGUUCAAGCUCUGCUGAUUUUGUGUCUGUGGCCGUCACCAAUUUCGUCCCUAAAUGAAGACCCAUCGUAUUACCUAAGUGGUCUCGCGACACAAAUCUCCCUACAGCUGGGACUGCAUCGUCCGAGCCUACUACACUCUCACCAGUACUUGCAGGAGAUGCUCUCUAGAAAUGACGACACCGAGGUCAAAUUGACCACCUGCCUUGCGUGCUUCGUGGUCCACCAGUUGCAGUCUGCCGCUCGGGGUCUUCCGCCGCUGUCGCAGGUCGACUUCCACCUCCUGAAGAGCCUUGAUAACCCAGUCGUGCAUCCUAACCUGUCACAGCUAUGUCGAAUAUGCUAUGUGAUGUCGCAGACUACCGAAGCUAUAUGUGCCAAGAGCUCAACGCCGUCCGGGAUGUUAGAACCAGACGCGAGGCUUAACAUGGUGGGUUUAUGCGACCAACAAUUUGCAACCCUACAGCAACAACAUCUUCAAUACAUGAGUGAGGUGGUUGAGAUUGUGUUCCUGAAUGCAAGACUCCAGCUAUGGUCCUUCGCUUUGCUACCUGAUAUAUCCUCUCUACAAGGGGCUCAAGGCUAUGUCAGCAAGGCCCAACGAGAUGCAGUCAACCUAAUCGAUCUCUGUUGCGAUAGGAAUCUAGCUGUGGCUCCCUUUCACAUUCGACAUGCCAUGAGCUAUAGCGGGUUUGUUCUCGUGAGCGCGCUACAAUCACGGCAACUUGAGGAUUGUGAUGUGGCUCGACACAAUCUAGAGCGCGUUUGUCAGGCGCUGGAGGCCAUCAACUGUGGGCCAAACGAUAUAUCCCACAAGGCCUCGCAAAUCCUCAGGGAAUUGCCAAAUCUGGAGUACUCGACUGAUCGACAGCCUAUCCAGUCUCGGAUGGGAGCAACUUUGCUGUAUGACUCGCUCAGACGGUAUUAUGAGCACAAACAUCUUUCUGACUCGUUGUCUCAGCAGAAUGGGGACCAGAUGCGCGCAUUUGAUCUCGAUGGGAUUGACUGGUGUAGCUUGAGUUUGCUAUUAUGA